AAAGGCAUCUCCGCCUUCCCGGUGCGUGCUGAGGUCAGGCUGGGCUACGCUGCGAGAGACCUGGGCGGCGGAGAGGGUGCAGAGCCCGAACCAGCGCCUGGCGCCGGCCGGCGAGGGCCGUGUCCCUCCGGGCAGUCGGUGGCCUAAACGGGGCCCUUCCAGUCGUUGGCAGCGGAAACGCAGCGUGUGCGCGGAGGGGGCGGCUGGCCUGCCCCGCCGCCCACCUCCUCCAUGUCGGCGGCGAGCGGGGCUGGGGCGCUGGGCUCCGGGGGCAGCGGGCAGUGCUGAGGGAAUGCGGCCGGCAGAGACGAUGGCCAAAUGGCUGAACAAGUACUUCAGCCUGGGCAACAGCAAGACCAAGAGUCCCCCGCAGCCUCCGCGGCCCGACUACCGAGAGAAACGCAACGGCACCGGCGGCGCUCCCCGCCCCGACGGGCCGCCGCACCUCCACCUUCACCACCACACCUCGCCCGGCUUCCCGCACCGCCGCCUGCGCGACGACACCAGUGACCUGGUCCGUGCCUACCGCGCCCAGAAGGACCGCGACUUCGAGGACCCCUACAGCGGGCCCGGCUCGUCCCUGCGCAAGCUGCGCGCCAUGUGCCGCCCGGACUACUCUGCGCCCGAGGAGAUGGGCGAGGCGGCGGCCAAGGCUUUCUCCUCCUCGUCGUGCUGCGCCGCGGCCCCCGCCACCUGCCCCGCCGGCUCCCCCCACCUUUUCCGCAGCCACAGUGAACGCCGCCCGGCCACCCCGCCCGACGUCAAGUACAUCUCCCCUAAGCACCGGCUCAUCAAGGUGGAGAGCGGCGGUGGCAGCGACGGCCUGGGCAAGAAGCUCAGCAAGAGCUCCAAGCAGCUGGCCUCUUCUGUCCCCUCUGCCACGAAAGAUAAAGUAUUGAUAGCUGAUGACUACUCAGAUCCAUUUGAUGCCAAAAGUGAGCUGAACAGAAUGGCAAAUGUGGAGAACACUGGCUAUAUGGAACCAUAUGAAGCCCAGAAAAUAAUGACUGAGUUUCAGAAGCAGGAAUGCAUGAAGUCCCAUCAGAAAAACAUGCAGCUCUAUGACACGCCCUAUGAACCCGAAGGCAGCGGUGUGGAAUCCGAUUCGGAAAGUGUGAUGAGUCACCAGUUACGAGAAAGCAAAUUGCCACAGGAUGACGACAGGCCUGCAGAUGAGUAUGAUCAGCCAUGGGAGUGGAACAAAGUCACCAUCCCAGCUCUAGCAGCCCAGUUUAAUGGAACUGAGAAACCGCAAGCAUCUCCUCCCUCAAAUGACCAGCGCAGGCAGUUAAGAGCACCUGGAGGAGGCUUAAAACCUAUCAGACAUGGCAGUCCAGAAUUCUGUGGGAUCCUGGGAGAGAGAAUAGAUCCAAGCAUUCAACUGGAAAAGCAGAUAUGGUAUCACGGAGCAAUCAGUCGGACAGAUGCAGAAAACCUGUUACGUUUAUGUAAAGAGUGCAGCUACCUUGUGAGAAAUAGUCAAACGAGCAAGCAUGACUAUUCUCUUUCACUGAAGAGCAGUCAAGGUUUUAUGCACAUGAAGCUGAUGAAAACCAAAGAGAAAUACAUCCUGGGUCAGAACAGCCCUCCCUUUGACAGUGUUCCUGAAGUCAUCCACUACUACACCACAAAAAAGUUGCCUAUCAGAGGAGCAGAACACUUGUCACUGCUCUACCCUGUGGCUGUACGGACCCUCUAAUAACAUAGUCUCACCCCUUCCUGUAGAUGGGAGGUGAGAGGUAAGCUGAGUUGCACAGAAUUCAUUGCCAGAAUCCAGUGCUUGUGUCUGCGAUGGAGAGUGGCAGCCUUUAGGCUUGGGAACGUGGCACUCUGCAGAGUUGUGUAUGGGACUGUGUGUAUGGUACUCGUAUGCUGCACCAUGCAUCUAGAACUGUGCUUCUACAUGAGAAAAAAAAAAUCUUGGUGCAAGGAAAACAGAUAACCUUCCCAGAGUUUGGCUGUGAAUCACAGUACUUCCCAAAUGAAGUUCUUCCUCCAUGUUUUGAGCAGAAUCAGCAAGUUCUCAGCAGUAAAACACCAGCAACUUUUAUUCUUUUGCUACCCUGAGAAACUUCUGUGUGUAAGAGUAAGCCUACUCUGAGGGACCCUAGGGUAUUCUUGGUUUACCUGAGGAGCUGCUUAGCAGGCAAGUCUCUGUAGCUCCUGUUACUUAGUUUGAUGGGGUUUGGUUUUUAAUGUAGUUUCUUGAGGUAGUCAAAUAUUGAACUAUUAGGCACACAAUCUUAAAAUAAUUUUGUGAGAGCAAAUUAUGGUCAAUUAUUUAUGAAUAGGGGAUACAAUUUAAAAGUAGUUAUUUUUUUAUCCUUUUUGGUACAAUAAUUACUUAAGGGUUACUGUCUUCAUUUUCAAGUUUCAUUCAUAGAUGCAGGCAGCUAAUUCUCUUUGGGACAAUUAUACCGUAAUGUUUUAGAUAGUUGAGAAUGAGUCACUUUUAUAUGUGGGUUACUAUUCAUGCAUGAGGGAGGUCGAAGACUUUUAUAAAGCUUUAGUAGGCAAAAUCUUCACUUGCUCAUUCAUCUGGAUGAAACAUCUGUCGCACUGAGGUAGCCAAAUAACAAGUGCAUCUCACACUGCCUUUCCAUAAGAAGGCUUUGCUUUUGCAGAUGUGUAAAUGAGAACUGGGGUUAUGUAGCAAAGCAGGAUUUUUCUGGUGUACCAAGACACUCUUAAAACAUGGUGGUCCCAUGACACAUACUUUAUGACCAGUGUUCAUUUUUACUGUGAGCAGAAGUCCCCUGCUGUAUCUCUGUUGCUUUCAGCCAGAAGCACUGAAGAAGCUGCUCUGUACCUUAGGCAUGCCAACUCAGUACCCAUCCACUUGAGACAUAUUUUCUACAUGCUCUGUGUGCUUGUUGAAUGGAUUAAGUGAGAAAAAUAUUAUUGUAUAGGAGUUGGAACCGGGGAUUAAAUAAUCUGGGAGCCCUCACUUUGUGUUAUCUCCCACCUAUGUUUAGAAUGUUGUGUGUUAACCCAUCAGCUGUUCUAGUAGCAAACUGGUUAUAUGCAGUAUAUGUAUUUUACAGACUGCAAUAGGACUGUGACAUUGUGUGUUAUUUAAUUCCGCUUUCUUAUCUACUAUUCCCUUUUAUGUAUGCUUAGAAAUAAGUGCAAAUCCGGAAAUUGUAAUGGAAUAACCACUUAUUGCCUGUAAAAGCAGUGCUUCGUUGUGUUGUGUAAUCUGAUAAAAAACUCAAGGAUGUCCCAUGGAAUGUCACUGGUGAUGAAUUUAAGCUUCCAUUUAAGCUUGCUUAGUUCUAUGUAAGAAAACUGGCAAAGUUUGCAUGGGAGUGGGUCAUACACAUGUGAGGAGGCCAAUGUCAUUCUGUACAGCAACACCAGCAGGUCAGGCUGUCCCUAUCUCACCCAGAAUUUAAAGCUGCAUUGAACUAGGUUAUUUCUCACUUUUUGGAGAGAAGGGUGGCACAGGGGGAGUAGAGAGAGACAAAAUUCCUCUCCAAGUGAGACAAAACAUCCUUUUUUUUCAUGUACUUACCUACAUGUGCCUUUUAUUUCCCUGAAGUCUUUGCAGAACUCUUAAUUCUCCUCUUUAUAUCACCAGCUGGCAAGAGCAUGCAGGCACUUUUAUGUUAAAUUUUCUCUUGCCAGAGGAGGAGUUCAUGAAGGUGGCAUAGCUUGCAGAGAUGAUGAAUCAGACUGCACCUGCUGCUAAGCCUUUGCUUGUUGUGAACUCUGGCAAUCCUGUCAUGCACUGUAGGACAGAUACAUAUUUCUUUUCUUACAUGUUGCAGUGCAGUUUUGAGAUUCUGGUAUUGUUGCUGCUCGUGGCCUGCUGUUCAUCACAGCAUAGCAGUUUGGGUGGACCAGAAACCAAAGGACAGAAUUAUUCUCUAUUACCACUCCCACCCCACUCCCAAAGGGAAGAUAAAAGGUGAAUAAAGACUGGAGACUUGAAGUUGGAAAUUAAGAAAAACUGUAAACAGGUUUACUAGAACACGGGAAAGGAUUUGGCUUAAGGGAUAAGGAACAAAAUACAAAUGUAUACAAAUGUAUCCACCCAACCUGCUCUCGCUGGUGUCAGAGACAGGUGCCUGAGGGCCCCUUGCUGCAGGGCCGACUCAGGAGAGGGCUCCAGGGCUCUUCCCAGCACCCGAUGGAUGUGGAUUCUGAAGAGCAGUGUCGAGCUGGGGGUAAAGGAGCACAGGGGAACAGCAGCGAAGCACAGAGCGGGCGAAAGAGAGGAGGGGCUGGGGUCUGCCUGAGCUUUAUAGAGUGUGGGCAGGGAAUGGGAGGGAAGGGACCCCCAUGGGUGCCGACCCUCUCCGAGUCUGAAAGCCCUCCUGCUAUAGUUUCUCCUACUCAAACUAUAACAAAAUUAACGCUUCCGUAGCAGCAGCUGCCAGUAGAAAGCAACAUUUUCAUUAACCAAGGCCUUGCCAGGCUUCCUUAAGCACAUUGUCUUUAACUCAUGGAGGUGAUAGUCGUACCGAAUCUUUCUUCUCAUGGGAUCAAAAGUUAGUUGAAACCAGCAGGUGCCACUUUGUCAUCUGCAGCUUUUGGGUUGGGAUCCCUUGUUUCAUAAAAAUCAGGUCAGCAUGCAUGAUACAAAUCUCGAUACAGUUUAUUAUGGCUUCAAGGAUCAAGAUUCUUGGUCCAGCAAGAGGGGAUAAACCCAGCAAAUGUUGAUGGUCUGUGGGAGGGUUUUAUUGAUUAUUUUUAAAAAAAGACUUCUAGAAAGUACUCGGUUAUUGCAGAAUAAAUAAAACCAGGAUUUUUGGUUUGCACUGUAAUGUUGUCUUUGUUUAUUUAAGUAAUUGUAUGAUAUUUUUUCAGUGAAGAAAUAUUCUUUUCAGACGUUCUAAUGUACAGUUUAAAGGCGGUGUGUUGCAGUGUGUAGUAUGGCAUAUAGGUGGAAGAUCUUAUAGCUGUCAUGCCUAUAUAGCUCAUUAAAGCUGUAUUUUU